AUGAAGUACAGUGUGUCGCCUGUGGUGAAGGUGGCAGUGAAGCCCAAGGAUGGUAAGGACCUCCCCAAAUUGGUGGAAGGCUUGAAGCGGCUCUCGAAAUCCGACCAGUUGGUGGUUUGCAGCACCGAAGAGAGCGGCGAGCACGUCAUUGCGGGCUGCGGGGAAUUGCACGUGGAGAUCUGCUUGAAAGACCUGAGGGAGGAAUUCGCCCAAUGCGACUUCACGGUGUCAGAUCCUGUGGUCUCCUACCGCGAGACCGUCACCGAGGAAUCCAACCAGACUUGUCUGGCGAAGUCGGCAAACAAGCACAACCGUCUCUACUUGAAGGCUGAACCGCUGGAUGGAGAGCUGGUUCAGGCCAUUGAGCAAGGACAAGUGGGUCCUAAGGCUGACUGCAAAGAAGCCGCCAAACUUCUGACCAGCAAAUUUGGAUGGGACAAACAGGUGGCUCAAAGCAAGAUCUGGUGCUUUGGUCCAGAAUGCGACGGUGCCAACAUGGUGGUGGAUACCACCAUUGGUGCACAGUACUUGGCAGACAUCAAGGAUUCGGUGACCAGCGCCUUCCAAUGGGCCACCAAGGAAGGUCCACUCUGCGAGGAGAACAUGCGCGGUAUCCGCUUCAAUCUGACUGAAGUGAUGCUGCAUCCAGACAAGGUCCAUCGAGGAGGUGGUCAGAUCAUGCCGGCGACCCGUCGCGCCUGCUUCGCAUCCGAGCUCACGGCCAAGCCAACGUUGCAAGAGCCGGUCUUCCUGGUGGAGAUCUCCUGUCCGAAGGAUUCCCUCAGUGGCAUCUACAACUGCUUGAACCUCCGCAGAGGCUGCGUCUUUGAGGAGAACCAACGUGAAGGUACACCACUGGUGCAGGUGAAGGCGCACCUGCCGGUCUCCGAGUCCUUCGGCUUCGUAGGCUCGCUGCGACAGGCCACCAGCGGACAGGCCUUCCCGCAGUGCGUCUUCGAUCACUGGGAGAGUCUGCCUGGCAACUGUCUCGAGAAGGGAAGCAAGAUGGAAGAGUUGGUGCUCAGCAUCCGCAAGCGCAAGAACUUGAAGCUUCAGAUGCCACUACUCGCUGAUUACCUUGACAAGCUCUAA